AUGGGUGCGAAAGACUCUAAAAGAAGUUGUUUGAGCUAUGAAGAUGCUGUCAAGCGAAUGAGCGAUGCCGAGCUGAAGCGCGUAUGCGAGGCCUUCAAGCGGCUGACGAACGGCGGCCAAUCGCUGUCGCCCGCUGCUUUCACGCAGCACGUGCUCGGCGACGGCGUGCCUGCCGCUAUCGCCGAUUGGCUGUACGCGGCGUGCGGGGGCGGGGCCAGAGGUAUCGCGCUCAGGGAUCUAGUGUGCGGGCUGGUGCUGCUCACGAAAGGGUCGCAGGAGGAGAAAAUCAGGUUCUUGUGGACCCUUUAUUGCAACGACUCUGGUACUCACAUAACCAGAAGCGAGUUCCAGAGCGCUCUUCAAAUAGAAGGAACUCUACCGCCACCUGAUGGUCCUUCAAAGCCCAACCUCGUAUGGGACCGUACCAUAAUUUCAUUAUUCGGAGUCAACCAGGAUAAAGUCAGUUUUGACGAUUUCAAGGCUUGGAUCAUCUAUAAUAAAGAUUCAACUGUUUUGUCGAAAUGGUUAUUGUCCAAUCCGUGCGUGUCUCUAAGUUCGGAAUUAGAAACUCCGACUUUCUAUCAGACUUUGGCAGGCGUCACUCAUUUGGAGGAGCAAGACAUCUGCGAGCUGGAAAAAUGCUUUUGGGCCUUGCAGAGUGCCUCGACGAGUGGCCAUCUCGAUUUCAAUUGCUUGAAGUCGUUGGUCUGUCCCCCAGUGCCUCUGAAAGCUUGUAAAGGGUUAUUUCUUGCGUUAGAUGUCAACCGAGAUGAUCAUGUCGAUUUCAAGGAGCUGUGUUGUGGUAUAUCUGCCGCUUGUAGGGGUCCAAUGGUGGAGAGAAUGAAGUUUUGCUUCAAGAUCUUCGACAUGGACCGAGACUGCUACCUGAACGCCGAAGAAGUCCAGCACAUGACGCAAACUCUCCACUUCAUCGCCAACGAGAACAAACACACCUACUCAUCCCCUGAGCCCCACCAAACCCACCUGGGAGACGACCGAGACAGACCCAAAAUGGAGACCCACCGGGCAACGAUGGAGGGUCUGAAAGACAGGCUGGACGAGCAAGGGGGGCUCAGCCAGGAGGAUUUCCUGGUGUGGAGCGUCGAAGACAACGGUUUGUUGGCUCCAUUGCUGGAGCUGCUGUUCCAGGUGUGCCACGUGUCGUUGGGGCUAAGGCCGCACUGUCGUCACAACGAGUAUGAGAUAGUGAUGGGAUGGUUGGAGCGAGAAGAACGUCGCGGCUUCCACGUAGGCCAGUUCUGGUACCUGGUUGCCUCCGAUUGGUGGCAGCAGUGGCUGACUUACACUUCCGCCUCACGCACCAACCUCGACUUCUGCAGCUGUCGCCGGGAGCCUCGCACUCCCGUCGAAGAGGGUAUCGUUUGUGAUGAAAGUCUGGUGAGCAACAACACCGAUUGCACGUCCACUUCCAACGAUUUCAAUUCCAACAGCAUCGAGUCGAUGGGAGAUUUGCUAGGACGAGGAGAUAGUUCCAGCAUUGCUUCCAGCUCAGGAGUGUCGAGCAGCUCUGGCACCGGCCAGAAAAGGAGUUUGGGACAACCUGGACCCAUUGAUAACUCCAGCUUGAUUGCCGAACCCAUGUCCAAAGUACAAACUCUCACAGGAGAAGGUGGCCGGUUGAAGCGAGACAUGACCCUGGUGCAACGCAGAGACUUCGAACUGGUGCCGGAUUCGCUGUGGAAGGCUUUGUCGAUGUGGUACGGCGGCCCUUUGCCGUUGCCUCGUCAAGUCAUUCGGCCGCCCGGCCGCCAGGAAGUGGAGUUGGAGCUGUAUCCGCUCAACUUGAGGAUAUUGAGGCACAGCCCGCAGCAGAGCGCCAGCACGGCUUCUUGGAGCAGCGUGGUGGGCGGCUACGGCGUCGCCGCUCUGAGCACCGCCGGCCUCACCGCCACCGUCAGCUCGGCCACGCGCCGCUAUCUCGCGCACACCGCCGCCUUUUCACGCCUCUCCACCGUGCAACAGGUGGCCGACUUUCUGUGCCACCGGCUGGCGCUGCGGUCGGAGGACGCGCGCCUCUGGUUGUUCAGGGCCAACGCGACCAGCCUGCUCGACGACGAUAACGCCACGUUGCAGGAGCUGGGCAUAGCCGAUGCCGAUCAGAUCUUGUUGGAGGUGAGGAACAAGGAUUUGACGUGGCCUGAAGAAUUAGGCCAGUUGGUGGCCAGUGGCGGACACGAUGUAGGAUUGAGCGUCGAAAGGAGGCCGACGAUAUGUCUGCCCCCAGGUGCUACCGGUCUCCAUAACCUCGGCAACACCUGCUUCAUGAAUGCCGCGCUGCAAGCGGUCUCUAACACACGCCCUUUGACCCUUUACUUCAGGCGGGACAGCCAACUCACCGAAUUGAACAGCGCCAACCCUUUGGGCACCAAGGGUACUGUGGCCAGGCGAUACGCGGAGCUGUGUAGGGAGCUGUGGGCUGGGUCGACUCGAAGCGUCGCUCCUUUGAAGUUCAGGUGCUGUGUAACCAAACAUGCACCCCAACUCGGUGGAGGCGGUCAGCAUGAUUCACAGGAACUGUUGGCGUGGCUUUUGGACUCUCUGCACGAGGAUCUGAACAGGGUGGCAAAGAAACAGUACAUGGAGCUGAAGGACAGCGGCGGCAGGCCCGACGAAAUCGUGGCAGAAGAGGCCUGGUUGCAACACCUGAACAGGGACCAUUCCAUCAUCACCGAUCUUUUCUACGGACAGCUCAAGAGCAAAGUCACUUGUCAAACUUGCGGACAUGAAUCGGUGAGAUUCGAUCCGUUCAAUCUUCUCAGCUUGCCUUUGCCGAUGGAGAGUUUCACAUUGUGUGAAGUUUUGGUGGUGAGGUUGAACGGUGAGUGCCCGGUGAAGUACGGCAUGCGCCUCAACUCCGACGCCAGAUACCUCGAGCUGAAGCAGCAGCUGUUCGAGCUGUGUGGCGUCAAGCCGGACAGCUUGCUGCUGGCAGAGGUGGCGUCAUGCCAGAUACGCACCACCCUGCAGGACGAGGCCAAGAUCCACCCCGGCACCGCCACCGAAUUGUACGCCUACGAGGUGCCAGACGCCAGCGAGGUCGUUGCGAGGGAGGAGUCCGAAGACGAACCAGGCGUCGAGACGGAGGUUUGCGUAAGCCCUUUAGCGAGAAGUCCCGAGGUAAGCGCUGGUUCGGCCCUAUGCAUGCCCAACAUUCUAUGCUUCAAGGUAUGCACGUACCCAGCUAGCCUAAUACUUAAUAACAGAACGAAGCAAGGGGCUCAAGAACCCAGAAUAAGCAAUUUGUCGUUCAAAAAACCCUCAAUUUCGAUACAUUCCAGUGCUUCAACUGCCACAGUUUCCUCUCAGAACAGCCAGAAGUGUCCUUCUUACCUUGUCGCCGUACACAGAAAGUGCGUGCGACAAGAAACCUAUUUCCUUUCUCAACAAAAAAGCAAACCCAGUCUCUUCGGAUUGCCACUCCUUCUAGGAUUCAGCGACAGUAGAACAUGUCAGAGCUUGUACGAAGCUGUAUGGGGUCAAGUGACGAGACUGUUGAGCCCGCUGCCGCAGAGCGAUCAAACCAACCACGCCACAGACUGUGAUGAUUCUUUGGGGUACGAAUUUCCCUUCACAUUGAAGGCGGUGCUUCAAGGUGGCCAAAUCUGUGCCAUCUGCCAUUGGACGCGGUUCUGUCGAGGUUGCGCCAUCCCUUGCACCGAUGAUCUAGUAGUCGACUUCUGCAAUGGCGCCCAACACAACAUGUGCAUUUCGAUCGACUGGGACCCGACCGCUUUGCAUUUGAGGUAUCAGAGCAGCAGGGAAAAGUUAUGGAUCGAGCAUGAAUCCGUGGCUAUUUAUAGAAAGUUACAUACAGAACCAAUCGAUCUAGACUACUGUUUGAGAGCUUUCACUUCUGAGGAAAGACUAGAAGCCAAAUACCAUUGCAGUAACUGUCAAGACAAACAGCCUGCUACCAAGAAACUGCAGAUUUGGAGGCUUCCCCCUAUUUUGAUCAUCCACUUGAAGCGCUUCGACUUCGUCAACAGCAAAUGGGUGAAGACGCAAAAACUGGUCAACUUCCCGUUCAAGGACUUCGAGCCCACGGCCUAUUUGGCGUCGGUGCCGCAAGAAACCAUCUUGCGUCACAAGCAGUUGCAGGAAAAAAGGGCCGAAGAGCUGGAAAGAUCUUGUGAUAACCAGCCGGCCCGCAUCGAAGAGGAGAACGAAUCGAAUUGCUCGGACGCAUCGGAGCGGAGCACCAACAAACCAGCCGCGGAAAAUUGCAAGUUGCUCGGCGAGAAGAAGGAUAGAUCGGGGGAUGGGAGUGGGGGAAAGAGGGGCAGGUUGGAGUCGACUAGUUUGUUGAAGACGCCGAUAAUAGACGAACAUUUGCGGGAUUAUCACCAGCAUAAAUUGUUGCCGGGGCAGGAUCCCUUCGAUUUGAGAUAUCAGUUGUAUGCUGUCGUGAGCCACUCUGGCCUUCUCAACGGUGGCCAUUACAUCUCGUACGCGUGCAACCCGAACGGCCACUGGUACUGCUACAACGACAGCUCCUGUCGCGAAGUACUCUCCGAUCCCGACUCCACCACGACCCAAUCCGGCCCCACCCCUGCCAAAUCCACUCUGUCGUUGGACAGGUCCGCCCAAUCGACCCAGUCGUUAGACAGGUCCGCCCAAUCGAUCCAGUCGUUGGAUAGAUCUGCCCAAUCGACAGUGUCGUUGGAUUCAAGAGGUUCGGGCGGUAGUACUCCAUUGGGCAGGCGAAAGAAUGUGGGAAGGAAGUCGAGUUCGGGCAGCUCGACGGAGCGAGAAGAGAGAGAGGGGAACGAGAGAGAGACGAGGAGUAGGGAGAGCUCGCGAUCGAAUUCGGUGUGUUCGGUGGACAAGCUGGGAAUCGCGACGGAAGGUAUCAACGAGAAGCUCUUGAAAGACUCCCCUCACUCGAGCAGGCGCUCGUUGAACGACUUCAAGUGCCCCUACGGUGACGUCAAAGUGCCCAAAAUCGACACCAGCUCUGCUUACAUCCUUUUCUACGAGCGGUCCGGGCUGGAUUACCAACCUUACUCCCCCAGGGUAGUACCCAAUGGUAGACAACAAGUGCCUAUGGAAGAUUUGGAAGAAAGCGAGUCAGAGUUGAGGAAACAGUUGUGUUCCAUACAGUAA